AUGUUUUUCGACGGGUAUGGAUAUCAUGGAACAUCGUUCGAGCAAACAUACCGGUGUUACCCUGCUUCUUUCAUAGACAAGGCACAGAUAGAAAAUGGUGACAAAGUUAUCAUGCCUCCUUCAGCUCUAGAUCGUCUUGCAUCACUUCAUAUUGACUACCCUAUGUUGUUUGAGCUCCAAAAUACUGCUGCCGAGCGUGUUUCCCAUUGUGGGGUUCUUGAGUUCAUUGCUGAAGAAGGCAUGAUAUAUAUGCCUUAUUGGAUGAUGGAGAAUCUACUCUUACAAGAAGGAGACUUUGUGCGAGUGAAAAAUGUUACCCUCCCAAAGGGCACGUACGUUAAAUUGCAGCCACACACUAUGGAUUUCUUGGAUAUUUCCAAUCCGAAAGCUAUCUUGGAGACAACGUUGAGGAACUUUUCUUGCUUAACCACAGGUGAUAGCAUCAUGGUGGCUUAUAAUAAUAAAAAAUAUUACAUAGACAUAGUCGAGGCGAAGCCUUCCAAUGCGAUAAGUAUUAUUGAAACCGAUUGCGAAGUGGACUUUGCUCCUCCUCUUGAUUACAAGGAACCGGAAAAACCUACCCUACCUUCUGCAACAGGCAAAGCACCAGUUCAAGAACCUUCAGAAGAGACUGAACCUAAAUUUAAUCCGUUCACUGGUUCGGGGAGGCGUUUGGAUGGAAAACCUUUGAAAACACAGCCUCCACCACUUAAUUCAUCUUCACCCAAAAGCAAAGGCAUUAAUGCAUCCAGUGGAGGAUCAGCCGCAGGCUCGAGUUCUGGCUCACAAAGCGGCACCAAUCGGCAGUCUCAAGGAAAACUAGUCUUUGGUUCAAAUGCCAACCGCCCUAAGGAAACACAAAAGGAGACUGCAAAAGAGGCGAAGCCAGAGCCUCCGAAGAGUGAGGAGCCGAAAUUUCAGGCUUUUACGGGAAAGAAAUACUCUUUGAAGGGUUGA